UCCUAGGGAAUGUUCAUUGUUCCACAAUGGCCGCCGUGUGCCCAAAAUCCCACAUAAUCCUGCAUAAGUGAGGAAAAACAGAGUCGAAGAAUAGACGAAUAUUCUUCCAGUUGCGAGUUACAAUAGUGAGAAGUGACUUAAUAAAUCAUGGCUGACGAGGAGAAAUCUGAUGUGGAGACUAAACAGUCAUUUCGGCGUACGAUGCGACAGAGUAUGAAUGAAAAGGAUUACGUGAAUAACCCAAUGUACAAUCGACGAGGUCCAACUAUUCCGAACUUCAAGGGUGCCCUGGAGGCAGCAAAACGUUUGGGGGAGCUGGAGGAAUUCAAGAGAGCUAAAAUCAUUAAGUUGAAUCCAGACAAACCCCAGGAGCCUGUCAAACUGAUGGCACUGGAGGCAGGAAAGGAGAUUGUCAUUCCCAUCCCAAGACUCACGACAGGAUUGCUGCAUGUCACUCCUCCUGAGGACAAAGAGGGAGUUGACAUCAAGUCCUUCACGUCAAGGAGGGAAUUGGCGAAGCAUGGAAAGCCUCUGGUUGUCGAUGCUGGCAUCAAGGUGGACCUGGUGGUGAUGGGUGCGGUCUGUGUCAGUCGUUUGGGGCAUAGGAUUGGAAAGGGCCAGGGCUUUGCUGAUCUAGAGUUUGCUAUAAUGAUGAGGAUGGGGGCUGUUGAUGAGAACACGGUUGUUGUCACGACUGUUCACGAUUGCCAGGUCGUCGAUGAACUACCAGUGAGAUUGUUUGAGAAGCAUGAUGUACCGGUGGACAUCAUCAUCACACCCACGCAGACGAUUUAUGUGACAGAGAGACUCAGGAAACCUGAAGGCAUUUUUUGGGAUCUACUUACGAUGAGGAGGAUCAAGUCGAUACGAAUUUUACAGCAGCUUAAGGGGUUGGAUGAGAAGGAAGGGAAGAUUGUAAGUCUGCAGCCAGACGAGGCGAAAAAAAUUCCGAAACGAGUGCGAUUUGCUCGAAAUGCUCCCCGAAAAAUGCAAGACAAGAGACGGUCGAAAUCACCAAUCGAGGACAACCGAGGGAACCCUGACAAGGAGCAAAGCGAUCAGAAGAACCGGGAGAACGAGGAGGGCAAGAGUCUGCCAGUGAGGAAACGUCGCGCAAUGCCCAAAAAUAUUGAAAAACCCGAUUCCCCGGAGAACGAGAGCAAUGAUAAACCAGAAAAGACACAGCGUCGUAAACCGGGAAAUUACAGAUUCAAAACCAACAUUGAUUUUUCCCUCAAGCUAUCGAAUAUUGGAUCAGACGUGAGAAUUCGUGAUUUAAAAGAUGCCCUGAUAGAGCGCGGCGUGAGGCCAACGGACAUCACGUGGCGUGGACACAGGGGCUUCUGUUAUCUCCACUUCGGUAAAUUAAGAAAUGAAAAUUCCAGACCAAAUCAGCCUGUCCAGGUUGACUCCAUUGUUGCUAAUCUACAACAAUUGCGCAUUGGUGGUGUAGCUAAAGACGCUGAUGGUGAAUAUAUUAUCGUUGAACCUGCCAAACCAAUUACUAGGAUCGAAAUAACUGACGUUACUGCCGUUUAACUGUCAAUUCAACAUUUUUUUCCUUUUAGUUUUUUUUUCAGUUGAUUAAGCAAGUUUUUCACGCAUAGUUUUGCUUCGGUGAAUGCUAGAGUCGUAUAAAACGACUGACAAUUCAUGCUUGACUUAUUGAUAACCAGGGUCUUCCCAGAGUGAUAAUUUUGAGGUUGAGCUCUUCAGAAUAUACCAAAAUUUUUCUAUAACAUUUAUUUGAAAAAACAUUUUCUUAUGGUGCUUAUGUUAUGGCGUCUAAGACGUUUGUCUAAUUUCUUCCUAAU